GGAAGGAAGGAAGGAAGGAAGGAAGGAAGGGGAGAAAACGCAGCGGGCGUCGGAAGCAGCCAGUUUUACUUUUGCCCCGCUCUGGAACGGCCGGAGGGCGCGUGGCGAACCGAUGGAUUCUCUGGUCUUUUAUGUGGCGAUGCUCUCCUGGGUGAUGAUGCCUCGGCGGUGCUGGGCAGCCUCCGGCAGGCAAGGCAAAAUCCAAGAGUUGCUCCUGUCUGGAAAGCUAAGUGAAUAUGAUGUGAUUGUGCCCUUCAGUGUAGAUCACCAGGGACGGUUCCUAUCACACAUAGUGUCUGACUCACCAUCUCCUGCACAGCACUCAACUCGACACAGGACGGUUCGCAGCAUCUCUACGAAAGAAGCCGUCUUUGGGAAUCCCUUGUACUUCUUCAAUGUUACUGUUUGGGGCAAGGAACUUCAUCUCCGCUUGAAGCCCAACCAGAAGCUGGUAUCUCCUGGUGCUUUGGCCGAAUGGCAAGAAGAUUUCCAAGUAGUCUUUCGGGAACCCUUGAAGCAGGACUGCUUGUCCACAGGAGGCAUCACAGGCAUGCCAGAGGCCACAGUGGCGAUUAGCAAUUGUGAUGGAUUGGCUGGUCUCAUUCGAACAGACAAUGGUGAAUUUUUCAUUGAGCCUCUUGAGAGAGGACAGUGGGAGAAAGAAGAGGAUGGGAGAGCUCACGUGGUCUACCGUAGGUCGGCUAUUAAACAAGAGAGAACAGAAGCAUUCAAAGAUUAUCAUAAUGAAGAUUUUAUCUUGGGUCAACUCCCCCAAGCCCUGAAUCUAAUUGAAGAUCAGGUUAGUGAAGCAGAGAGGAAGAGGCGACAUGCAAAGAAGGAUGACUACAAUAUAGAGAUCCUGUUGGCUGUGGAUGAUUCGGUUGUGCGGUUCCAUGGGAAGGAGCACGUCCAGAAUUAUGUCCUCACCCUGAUGAACAUAGUAAAUGAAAUUUAUCAUGACGAAUCCCUGGGAGUCCACAUAAACAUUGUCCUUGUUAGAAUGAUCAUGGUGGGAUACAGACAGUCCAUCACUUUAAUAGAGCGAGGGAACCCAUCUCGAAGCCUGGAGCAGGUGUGUCGCUGGGCUCAUUCUCAACAGCGAUCAGAUCCUGCACAUGCUGAAUACCAUGAUCACGCCAUAUUCCUCACCAGGCAAGAUUUUGGUCCUGCAGGUAUGCAAGGUUAUGCUCCUGUUACUGGCAUGUGCCACCCUCUGCGUAGCUGCACUCUUAACCAUGAAGAUGGAUUUUCUUCAGCCUUUGUAGUUGCUCAUGAGACAGGACACGUGUUAGGUAUGGAACAUGAUGGCCAAGGUAACCAAUGUGCUGAUGAGACUGGCAUGGGCAGUAUUAUGGCACCACUGGUGCAGGCUGCAUUUCACCGUUAUCACUGGUCCCGAUGUAGCAAACAGGAGUUGAACCGUUAUAUACAUUCUUACGACUGCCUCUUAGAUGACCCUUUUAUGCAGGACUGGCCUAGACUCCCAGAAUUGCCAGGAAUUGAUUACACUAUGGAUGAGCAAUGCCGCUUUGACUUUGGUGUGGGAUACAAAACAUGCACAGCUUUCAGGACUUUUGACCCUUGCAAACAGCUGUGGUGCAGCCAUCCAGACAAUCCUUAUUUCUGUAAAACAAAGAAAGGGCCACCUUUGGAUGGAACCGAGUGCGCUUCAGGCCAGUGGUGUUUCAAGGGUCACUGCAUCUGGAAGACUUCAGAACAACCUUACAGCCAGGAUGGCGGCUGGAGUUCCUGGUCCAAAUUUGGUUCCUGCUCCAGGACUUGUGGGGGUGGGGUGCGUUUCCGCAGCAGGAACUGCAGCAGACCACCCCCAGCUUAUGGUGGCCGCCAGUGUCCGGGUUCUAUGUAUGAAUAUCAGGUUUGCAACGCCGAAGAGUGCCAAGGUCCCUAUGAGGAUUUUCGUGCUCAGCAGUGUUCCAAGCGGAACUCUUAUUAUACCCAUGAAAACUCUAAACACACCUGGCUCCCCUAUGAGCAUCCUGAGGAUGCCCAGAAAUGUGAACUGAUUUGCCAAUCUGAGGAAACUGGGGAUGUGGUAUUUAUGAAUCAUGUUGUUCACGAUGGUACCAGGUGCACCUACAGAGACCCAUACAGUGUCUGUGUAAGGGGUGAAUGUGUGCAUGUUGGAUGCGACAGAGAAAUUGGCUCUCUGAAGGAGGAUGACAAGUGUGGUGUUUGCGGGGGUGACAAUUCCCAUUGUAGAACAGUGAAGGCGACUUUGGUCAAAACCCCUAAGCAGUCAGGGGGUGCUCUGAAAAUGUUUGAGAUUCCAGUAGGUGCCAGGCAUGUCCAAAUUGAGGAGAUGGAGCCUGUAUCCCAUACAAUUGCUGUUAAGAACCAAGCCUCUGGUGACUUCAUUAUCAAUCCCAGCAUCAAAGUUGUCAAGAACCAUACCUUUCUAAAAGUGGGUUUGGAAUGGGAGUACACCACUGAGAAUGGCAAGGAAAGCUUGAGGACUAGUGGCCCCCUUCAUGAAGCUAUCAAUGUUCUGGUCAUCCCACAAGAUGAUAGUUCCCAAAGCAACUUGAUGUAUAAAUACAUAAUUCAUGAAGAUCUUCUUCCUGUCAUCGGAAACAAUAAUGUCCUUCUUGAAGAAACGGAUAUCUAUGAGUGGGCUCUUAAGGGCUGGUCUCCAUGCUCCAAAGCUUGUGGCGGAGGAAUACAAUACGCCAAGUAUGGAUGCCGGAGGAAGAAUGAUAACCGAAUGUUACACCGGAACUUCUGUGGCAAUGGAAAGAAACCGAAGCCAAUCCGCAGAAGGUGCAAUGUGCAAGAGUGUUCUCAACCGAUCUGGGGGACUGAGCAAUGGGGUGCUUGCAGUAAAUCCUGCGGCAAACUUGGGGUCCAAACCAGAGUGGUGCAAUGCGUACAACAGCUACAGAAUGGUACCAACCGGACCAUGCAUUCAAAGUACUGCGCAGGAGAGAAACCAGAUACUCGGAGGCCUUGCAGCCGCAUCCCGUGUCCUGCCCAAUGGAGGACAGGGGCUUGGUCUCAGUGCUCAGUCAGCUGCGGAGAAGGCAUUCAGCAACGUCAAGUGGUUUGCAAGUCCAAUGACAACAGCAUUGGUCAGUGUGACAGUGAGAAGCCAGAAGCUUUCCAAGUUUGCCAACUGGAGGAAUGCCCAGGAAGGCCACCAAAUGUCACAGCAAAUGCAAACACCAGCAAUCACGUGACUCCACAGGUUCAGUGGGUUUCAGAGGAGAGUGUCAAACAUCCCGUUAGCAAGGUAUCAACAAAGGUGUCUUGCCUUGGGGACAAGUCUGUAUUCUGCCAAAUGGAAGUGCUAGCUCGAUACUGCUCCAUUCCCGGCUACCAAAAGCUGUGUUGUGAAUCCUGCAGCAAAAACGUUGCCACCACUCGGCCUCCUGGUGUUGACCGCACAGCUCCCGAGACUGAAGUACAGGAGGGAACUGCUGUCCUUCCCAGCCCUUUGCCACCAUUGCCUUUCUACCCCACGGCUGCGAGUCCCCUGCAAAGGAUAAAGGCUACAACUCCAAAGGAGACAGAGGCAGUUCGUCCCUUGCCCACCACGAUGACCAGUUCAACAGCCCACAGCUUAUGCCGGGCGACUACCCCCUGGCCCUGUCCUGGCAACACCACCGCAAGAGUUAGGAAAUCAGGCCGUUUGUCUUCUCCUCGCCAGUUGACAGCUGGGUGGAUUCCUGAGAAUCUCCAGAUUAACUCAACAUUCCAGUGGUUCCCUGUGAUGUUGGACAAAAUUUUAGCUGCAUCGCAGGGAGACAUCAAAUCCUCCCAUGCCUCUUCAGGUGUAGCCGAACGGGGAAGGGACAAUGGGAUGCCGGAAGAGCCAGAUGCCAUUUCCAGGACCUCCUCCUUGACAUUGACAUGAGCAUGGCUUUUUUUUGCUAGGACUUCCUCUCUUUCUGUCUCCCUCCCUCUCCCUCUUUCUCCACAGAAGACGUUUCUCAUUGGAAGGAUUCAAAGCAAUAGCCCAUUCAUUUAUAAUAGCGGCAACAGUUUUGCUCUUUUGUAGCACUUUUCUAAAGGCUUAAAAAGCCAAAGAAAACCAGAAGCAAAAGGGUACAGCUGCAGCUGCCAUAUUUCUUACAAUGAGAAGCCGAGAGUCACUGCCUCUAGAUUAUUUAAGAACAUUAUCUUCAGUAAGCAGGUUUUUUUCUUUGAAGGUGCUAACGAGAUUUUUUUUAAGCAA